GUUGAAGUGCUACCUUUCAUGUAGACAUUUUAUGUGUGAAGAGAAAUGUGUGUAUGUCCAACAUUAUACAUCUUUUCAAAAGUUAACAUCACAACACCCUGGUGCUGGUCGCUUAUUAGUGACGUCACGAAUUUGACAUUGGCAUGGGCUGUGCAAGAAGGCAUCCCUUCUAGUUAUGGCGAUGCGUCAGUUUACAAGGUUGCUGUCUGGGCUCUCCGCCGAGAAGUCGUGCUUAAAUCAUCCGAGGUCAUUUAGUGUGUCAGCUGUAUCAGCCGCCAUUCAGAAGAUGACCAGAGUGCGAGUGGUGGAUAACAGCUCACUUGGAAAUACACCAUACCAUCGGCCGCCAAGGGUGAUACAUGUCUACACCAAGAAUGGCGUUGGUAAAGUUGGUGACAAAGUUUUGCUGGCCAUCAAAGGACAGAAGAAGGCAGCACUAAUUGUCGGUCACAAAAUGCCCGGAAAACCCAUGACUCCACGCUUUGAUUCGAAUAAUGUCGUUCUAAUUGAGGACAACGGGAACCCGACAGGAACAAGGAUUAAGGUCCCAAUACCUACACAUUUACGUAAAAUGGAAGGGGACUACUCAAAGCUGUUGGCAAUUGCAAGUUCUUUUGUUUGAAAAAAAACUAUUUUCCUUACUUCUCAGUUACAUAACUAUGUAAGAGGCUGAAGUUUUGUUGACAGUGAUCACUGUGCUUACAAUAAAUAUGACCUUUACUGUACUCGCAUUUAGGUCAGCUUCAUAUUAUGGACACAAUGAACAAACAUAAGAAAAAGUGAUGUUAAUGGUAAUAUUUAUUGAAGGCACAACACACAUUCUCAACACAAAACACAACUGGCACAUUUUAAUUGCUAAUGACAGGUAUAAGGCAUUCAAUAUUGUGAUCCCUGUGAAUGUUAGCGACAGUGUUUCUCAAUGUGAGGCAUCUUUGCUAGCAGCUUCAACUAAAAAUUCAGUGCAAAAUAAAACCAUAAGGUGAAACUUCA